AUGUAUGGCAUGGCACAAAGCACUAUUUCUGUUUGUUUUACAUAUGGAAAAAUCUUGAAAAACAUUUUCUCUUUAAGUUUGGUAGAGAAAAGUUUAGAGAUUUCUUUUCAAGCACAAUCUUAUCUAAGGCGUCAGCUUUAUCCUUAUCGUAAAGCAUGGGUUCUUGCUUUCACACAUCAGUCUUUUAAUUAUGGUAUUCAAUCAACUCAAAGAGUUAAAGUAUACAACGUGAUUUUAAAGAAAUCACUUAAUGGAACAAGCUCUUUAAUAGAAGUAGUAAGCAUAAUCAAACAGCAUUUAAUGAGGGAGUUACAGCUUGUGAGAUUCAAUGAGAUCAAUGGAGAGCUACCACGUGUUAUGCAUGCAACUUAUCGAGAUCACUAUUUUAUAGCGAUUGAUGAGGCUUGCACUAAAUUUCUUAUACCGGCAAUACAAAAGUUGCAGUGGAAUCAAAUGGAUCAAUGCCCUCACUAUCAAGCCUAUUAUACAGAUUUGGAGUUUGAGUUACAACAACAAGCUCAUAUUAAAAAUAUUGAUAAACUGAAUAUACCUAAAGGCAUGUUUAGUGAAGAUUUGUAUGAUGAAAUGCUUAUUGAAUUAACAAAACUUGUUGAUAGUAUUGGUAAUAUCAAAGAGCUUUGGAUAGUAUCACGUAUUGACCAACAAAAGCACUAUUUCAUUGUUUUCUUUGGAAAUGCAAGUCACUGGUGUACAUGUUUAACACUCGUGAAUUGUGGCAUUAUAUAUCAUCAUUUUUUUGCCAUUUUAUUGGAAAGUGAAAUAGCACAAUUUCAUAUUGGAAUUUUAGCAAAACAUUGGUUUAAUGAUCGAGUCAUGCUAAAAAAUGAUGAUUAUAGUAAUGAAUGUGCAAUUUCAAUUCGAAGUGGAGGAAAAUUUGGUGCAUUUGAGAAUAAUGUCCAAGUUGACUUUUCUUUAAUUGAUUUGAUUCAUGGUCAAUGCAUUUUUACACCCAAGAUACAACAUCAUAUAAGAAGUCAUGCUCUCUAUGGGAAAGGUUUUGGUCUUAUGAAAAGAACUUUGAAUUUAGCAAUCCAAACUGGAUGUACUGAAGAGCUUUAUGAAUUACAUCAGCAGUUCAUCAAUGAGAUAGAAAAACAACUAGCAGAGCAGGAAGGAUGCAUUCUGCAGUCGGAUGAUGAGUAUAAUUAUGAAACAAUCAAUAAUCCACUAAAACCACGAACAAA